UCGGACAGGGGUCCAAAAAAAGUGCCCCGCAGAUUAUACUGUACCUGUAGAGGAGUGAACGGGUCUCUCUCCAGGCGGAUUCCCGGGCGUCCAUUAGGUGCAUGGCAACGAACUUUCGUCCUUGCCGGUUCAUCCACCAUACAAACAGCAUGAGGCAACCGCAUGCCCAAGCGAGGCAGAGCACUACAACUCCUUGCAGUCAUGAUAGGUCCAAUACCGUGACCACAAUCACCUAGCGUGCCAGCAGAUAAGGCUCUCCCGCUCCAUAUCAAUCGCUGUCUCAUCGAUCGAUUGCCAAUAUCAAGCCAUAGCCUCCCAUCGCUUGCAGCUCCUUGCAUCGUCGGAUCAAGGCCGAGGUGGCGAGGAUGGGAGACACUGUCGCCGAAGCUUCCCCACAAACGCUUCCAGCAAUUCAGGACCCUAAUGGACCCGGCGGAAACCAUCAAGUGGUCCUUGCAAGUGGUAGUCCACGCUCCAGGUCUCGCUACGGAUUUAUGACGAGUCUGUUCGGCACUGUCAGCGCGGUCGCACUUGGUCUCUGGCUAGUUUGGCCAUAUGGCUCCCCGUUCGAGCGAAGUAUCAGUCCUCUUGACUAUCAAGGGCGAACCGAACGACUUCUCUCGACGACACCAUUGAUCGAUGGACACAAUGACCUGCCAUAUCUGCUGAGACUGGAAUUGAAGAACAAGAUCUAUGAUGAAGUAAAGUUCACCUUCCGAGAGAGCCUAGCAGGCCAUACCGAUCUUCAGCGGAUGAAAAAAGGCAAAGUCGGUGGACAAUUCUGGUCCGUCUUCGUCGAGUGCCCGGACAUCGUCCAGCUCGAUGACCCCAACCACGCUGUCCGCGACACAUUCGAGCAAAUCGACGUGGCUAAGCGGAUAAUCUCUCGUUACGAUGAACUACACUACUGCGAGACGUCGAGUUGCGUACCCGCCGCCUUCAGAGCAGGAAAAGUCCCGUCAAUGCUGGGCGCUGAAGGCCUGCAUCAAGCGGGUUCCUCCAUCGCAUUGAUCCGCCAGCUCUUCGAUGCUGGCGUACGAUAUAUCACCGUCACUCAUAAUUGCAACAACGCCUUCGCCACCGCUGCGUCGACAGUCACUGAGACUGGUCGCGACGGCGGUCUGUCAGACUUUGGUGCCGCCGCAGUUGUCGAGAUGAACAGGCUCGGUAUGAUGAUCGAUCUAUCGCACACUUCGCACAAAUCCAUGCGCCAGGUUAUGGACAUCACACGGUCGCCAGUCAUCUUCAGCCACACUGCCUGUUACGCGUUGUCGGCGAAUUAUCGAAAUGCUCCGGACGAUGUAAUAGCCAGAUUGAAGACCAAUGGCGGAGUCUUGAUGGUGUUCUUCGUCGGACGGUUUCUGAACGCUAAGAAUCCGGAUGCUGCGGAUAUUGAAACCGCAGUCGACCACAUUAUGCAUGUCGUUGACGUUGCGGGAUGGGAGCAUGUCGGCAUCGGCGCCGAUUUUGACGGAACAAUCGAUUUGGCAAACGGCAUAUCGUCGGUCGCAGACUACCCUAAAGUCAUUGAAGCUGUCAUGAGAAGGGGUGCAACUGACGAGCAGGUCAGAAAGUUGGUUGGCGAGAAUAUCCUAAGGGCAUGGCGGCAGAACGAGGUCAAUGCAAAGCGUUUCAGCAAAGAGCUGCCAGUCGAGGACGUAUGGGAAGGUCGCCGCUGGACGAGAUGGGACAAUGGCCUUCCAAUUAUGAUCCCAGGGAAUCCGGACCGCAUCGCAGGGAAGAACCAUCCUUAGCUAGGGAAGGCUAGUGACAAUCAACGAGAUACCGAAGCAGCCCGUUCAGUGUUGGUGGAUCCGGAUAUACGACACAUCAACAUAAGUCUUGAGACUGAAUGAUACACUGUAUACCUGGGCUCAAUUUCCUGUGGCCUUUGCAUUCCUCUCA